AUGAUUGGCGGUGAAUCAAAAAUAAGCUAUAAAUGGAUUGCCGACACAUCGUACAUGUGGCUGGUUUGGGCUAGAAAAUACAAAGCUGCCGCAUUCCUGCCAGAACAUCGAUUUUACGGCGAUAGCCAUCCUAAACGAGAUAUGUCCACGGCAAGCUAUCAGUACUUUUCUAUCGAGCAAGCACUUGCUGAUUUGAGAAAUUUCAUCCUAAACAUAAAUGAGGAGUUCUUCCCAAACGUGAAAACACGUUGGAUUAUGUUUGGUGGCUCCUAUCCAGGUCUUCUCACUAUCGCAUUAUUGGCAUAA